AUGCCGUCUACGACAUUGGUAAGAAGAGCUCUUAGGAAGAUUUCUCUUCCCGAGGAGCAAGAGUCGAACAGAUGGUCCAACGAAGACAUCCGUCCAGUGCCACCCGAGCGGCAGCGAUGGGGCUGGCUACAGUUCGUCGAGCUGUGGUUUUGCAUAAAUCUCAACAUGUCCAGCUACCAGACAGGUGCUGCUCUUCUCGCCAGCGGGCUCACCUUUUGGCAAGCCAUUCUGGUCAUCGUGUUCGGUAAUGCCAUGGCCACCGGCUUCGCUGUGCUCAACUCUGUCUCUGGCGCGCAGUCUCAUCUGGGCUUCCCAAUCGUAUCGCGCUCGGUAUGGGGGAUGUACGGCGCAUACUUUCCGGUGCUGAACCGCAUCCUCACGUCAGUCGUCUGGUAUGGCGUGCAAGCUGUCAUUGGUGGCAACAUGAUCUGGAUCUGCCUGCGCUCCAUCUGGAUGGAUAUUGACGAGAGAAUCCCCAAUACACUCCCGGCAAAUAUCGGUAUCACCUCCUCAAAAUUCGUAGGCUACGUCCUCUUCAACAUACUGUGUGCCAUUUUCAUCUGGUUUCGACCUCAACAACUCCGCCCAUACUUCCACUUCGCCUCGGUUCUAGUCUUCCUUACCCUCUUCAUCUUCCUCGGCUGGGCAGUCGGUACAAGCCAGGGCUACGGCUCAGUCUUUGAUUCCAAGUCCACCAUGGCAUCCGAGGAGUUGGCCUGGAAAAUGGUCGCAGGCAUGAUGAGCGUCAUCGGCUCCAUCUCCUCCGGCAUCCUCAACCAGAACGACUUCACCCGUUUCGCCAAGAAGCCCUCGCACGUCACAUGGUCACAAGCCGGCUCCUUCAUGACCAGCUCCUGCACCGUCGCCAUCAUCGGUGUCGUCUGCACGGCCGCCACCCAGCAACAGUACGGCGACGGAACUCCACUCUGGAACCCCGCUGACCUCUUCGCCAAAAUCCAAGACACGCACGGCUCGCGCGGCCGCGCCGCCGCUUUCUUCCUCGGCAUCGUCUUUAUCUUCUCACAGCUCUCCAUCAACGUUGUCGGUAAUGUCCUCGCCGGUGGUCUCGACGUCGCUUCCGUCUUCCCCAAGUACAUCAACCUCCGUAGGGGUGCCUACAUCCUCGCCAUCCUCUCCGUCGCCCCUAACCCUUGGCAGCAACUCGCCUACCCUGGCACCUUUCUAUCCGUGCUGUCCGCCUAUGCUGUCUUUUUGGGCCCGAUGAUCGGCCUGCUAUGCGUUCACUUCUGGAUCAUCCAGCACCGCAGCUUCAAUGUCCCGGACUUGUACGAGGGCUCCAGCAGAAGUUUGUACUGGUAUAAGUGGGGCACAAAUUGGCGCACGGUAGUGGCAUGGACGCUUGCGAUUAUCCCGUCUAUGCCUGGCUUCGUGGGCAGUGUCAACAAGAAUGUGCAGCUUGGGUCGGGCGCAAAUCGGGUCUUCAGUUUGAGCUUCUUGCUGGGGUUCACUUUGGCCGCAAUUUUCGCAUACCUCUUCAAUUGGAUCUGGCCGUACCCAUAUCCCACCCACACAAUCCUGCUAGAUGGCUCGGAUGCGUCGAGAACGGGCGAAGACGCGGACGGUGCUGAGAAGGGCCUGCCCCAUGUUACGGCAACGGAGACGGGAUCCAAUUCCGUAUCGGAUAUGGAGGAAGUGCAUCAUGAUGUCCAUGGUGACGAUCAGAAACGCGUGGAGGGCGCUUUUGCAAAGGUUUAG